ACCUGUGGAAGGGACACCGCCGCCCCCUAGUGGCCGGUAUAAAGGCGGGAGGUGCGGUAAACAGCCGGUAGGAGAGGUCACCACCGUGUUCACACAGGAUCACAGGCAGGCGGCUGUUUGUCAUCCGUCCUGGAACAAUAGACUGUUUCGAGACUUAAGAAGCCAUGAACGUGCCAGUCGUGCCAUUGGCAUCCUGUUAACACUGCUGAAAAUGCCCUAUGCGUGUUGCUAUGUGCUAGAAGAUGGCGGAGACGGAUGGUGGGGAUUUUGCUCCAAAACAUACGCAGAACAGUAUGGCAAACAAGAAUAGCACCCUGCGCUGUACUUUCUCAGCCCCGAGCCACAGUUCCACUCUCCUUCAGGGCUUGUCUGUUUUGCGGGCUCAGGGCCAGCUACUUGACGUCGUGCUGGCCAUCAACGAGGAGCGCUUCCAGGUCCAUAAAGCAGUGCUGGCCGCCUGUAGUGAUUAUUUCAGAGCAAUGUUUACGGGAGGCAUGAGGGAGUCAAACCAAGAUACCAUUGAGCUGAAGGGUUUGUCUGCCCGUGGGCUGAAACAUAUUAUCGACUUUGCCUAUAGUGCAGAAGUCACUUUAGACUUGGACUGUAUUCAGGAUGUCCUCGGAGCUGCUGUCUUCCUCCAGAUGGUUCCCGUCGUGGAGCUCUGUGAGGAGUUCCUCAAGUCAGCGAUGAGCGUUGAGACAUGCCUACACAUCGGCCAGAUGGCCACCACAUUCAGCUUGUCUUCCCUGAAGGAGUCAGUGGACGCCUUCACCUUUCGCCACUUCCUCCAGAUAGCAGAGGAGGAGGAUUUCCUGCACAUUCCCAUGGAGCGCCUCAUCUUCUUCCUUCAAAGCAACAAACUGAAGAACUGUAGUGAGAUCGACCUCUUCCAUGCCGCCAUCAGGUGGCUCCAGUAUGAUGAGUCACGCCGGGCUCAAGCCAGCAGUGUCCUCUGCCACGUGCGCUUCCCCCUCAUGCGCUCCUCAGAGUUGGUGGACAGUGUUCAGAGAGUGAACAUCAUGGUGGAGGAUGUUCAGUGUCGCCAGUAUCUCCUUGAGGCCUUCAAUUACCAGAUCCUUCCCUUCCGACAGCAUGAAAUGCAGUCCUCGCGGACACUCAUUCGCUCUGACGUCAUGUCAAUCAUCACCUUUGGUGGAACGCCCUACACUGACAAUGAUCGCACAGUCAGCAGCAAGGUGUACUAUCUUCCUGAUGUUGCAUCCCGCCAGUUCAAAGAGCUUACAGAGAUGGACACGGGGUGCAGCCACGCUUGUGUUGCCGUACUCGAUAACUUUGUGUACCUCGUCGGUGGACAGCACUUACAGUAUCGCAGUGGUGAGGGGGCGGUAGACAGCUGUUAUCGCUAUGAUCCACAUCUGAACCAAUGGCUGCGCAUCCCAUCCAUGCAGGAGGCUCGUAUCCAGUUUCAGCUUAAUGUGCUAAACGGACAGCUCUACGCCACGGGAGGGCGCAAUCGAUCCGGCAGUCUGUCAUCUGUAGAGUGUUACUGCCCAAAGAAGAAUGAGUGGUCUUGUGUGGAACCGUUAAAACGCAGGAUUUGGGGUCAUGCGGGUACUCCCUGUGGAGAGAAGCUGUAUAUCUCAGGAGGUUACGGUGUCUCGUUAGAUGACAAGAAAACUCUUCACUGUUACGAUCCGGUGACAGAUCAGUGGGACUUUAGAGCUCCCAUGAAUGAACCCAGAGUGCUGCAUGCCAUGAUCAGCACCAGGGAUCGGGUUUAUGCCCUGGGCGGUCGCAUGGACCACGUAGACCGUUGUUUUGAUGUGCUGGCAGUCGAGUAUUACAUUCCAGAGAACGACCAGUGGACCACAGCCAAUCCCAUGAGAGCUGGGCAGUCUGAAGCGGGCUGCUGCUUUCUGGACGGAAAGAUUUACAUUGUUGGAGGUUACAACUGGCACCUGAACAAUGUCACAAGUAUCGUUCAGGUGUACAACACAGAGACAGAUGAGUGGGAGAGGGAUUUGCAUUUCCCAGAAUCCUUUGCUGGGAUUGCUUGUACACCAAUUAUACUUCCACAAAACACCACACAGCGUUGAGCAGCAGACCUACGACUGUGAAGAUUUUAUUCCAUGUGCUCUUUCUGCCGACUGUUGAGUCAACGCAAGGUGUGAUCAUUGUGUAAGUCUGCGUGUGCGUUUAUACGAGGAAAUAACCUGAAAAGCCACAGUACUGUUAAAUGUGUAUUAAUUUCUAGCUUUUGGGGGGAGUAAAGUGUUUAUUCAACAUUAACAUCCAUUCAUAUUUAUUCCAUUAAUCAAUAUAAGCUGAUAAUGCUGAAAGUGUUGAAUUAUACAUAUGUGUAAUCUGCAGUUUUGAGGAUUUUUUUUCUCACUUUUGCCCAUUUGGAAAAUAUAAGAUAGUAGCAUUUCCUACCUUGUUUUUGGGUUUUUUUUGUUGUUGUUUUUUUUUUUUUUAAGAUUCAGUCACUAAGUCAAUCAAGGGCUUCAGUUACACACAGCACAAAUGUCUUGAUUUUUACCUUAUUUCUUUAGAGUAUGCUCCAAAUUUUCCAGUGGAAACAUUUAAACUCAACCUUUAUAAUGUUGGACAGCUUGAUUGUAAUGUUAUUUUUAUUAUUAAUAUUUUAGCUACAAUUGAAUUAUUCCAACAACUAAAGUAUUUAAUAAUCAACAAACCUCGUAUCAAUGAUUGCACAAAAACAAGUAUUGGAUGUGUUUAAACUGUGAAUUUUUAUUAGUUAUUCAACAUUAUUGAUGUCAUUAUUGAUUAUUAUUGUCUUUAUUGAUGACUUUUUUUUAAAACAACUACUGCCCUUGUGUUUCUUGAGCUAAAAUCCCCACUAAAGUACUAACGACUGUUCUCUCAGUCGACAUAACAAACCAGUGUGGACCUCUUACGGCAGCUACAUCAAUACUUAAUGUGUGUGUGUGUGUGUGUGUUUGUUGCUACAGUAUGUUGCUGCUCUAUUUAUGUACAACAGGCAUUACAGCUUGCAUACCAUAUGUGGUUUGUCCCUGAACUACAGUAACAUUUUAGUUUGCUGAGGAUAAUUGUCUUUUAAAAUGUCAAGAGCAAAGUUUUUGCACAAAUCCUCAAAAAUUUACAAUUUAUACAGAAAGCAUACUCACACUGACUUUUUAUUCUUGCUACUUUUCUGCACUUUAUAUCUACUAAUGCAUAUUUAAGUGAUUGUAGACCAUUGUAGGUAAAAACAAAGCAAAAUAUAGAUGUGGAGUUGGUGAAGGAGAAUCAUUUAUCAUUUUCUGUGUUAAAAGUCAGAAAUUUUCAAGGAAAAAAAAAAAAACCCAAUGAAAAAUCUUUUUUUUUUUUUUUUAAAUCUCAGAUUAUAUCAAAUUUUUCUUAUAAAUUCACAACUGCAAUCUUGAAAAUUGUUUUUUGUUUUUUUUUUUCUGAAAUAUUACUCCGCUCCCUUACCUCUGUAUUGCAGUGAUUUGAUUGAACCUACUAUGGUGCUAUGAUGAUGUAGUACUUAUGUUUUUUUCUUUGAACCAUCCAUGUGAUGGUGAGGAGUCUCCAUUUUAAAGCUAUCUCCUGUCUGCCUUAGUAUGUCUUUGUCUUGUUCUUACCUGUAUCAGUAAAAAGCACAUUACAUUGUCAAAGUGCAAUAUACAGGAAAUUUCUGUAGUCAAAGGGGAAUGUACACGUGUAGCUUCAUUCUUUAUUAAAGGUGUAUCAUGCUU